AUGAAAGCUAGAAACUAUUAUGGUAGCCGUUUACGUGGUUGUAACGUGAGAACAAUAAGAUAUUUUUACCGCUCUGUGAGUUUAAAAGCAGAAGAGCCGCGAAUUAAUCCAGUGGGCAUCCAGUACUUGUCCAAGUCGUUACAUGAGCAGAUAUUCCCAAGCAAGGACAAAUAUAACAAGUUUUUCGACAAUGAAGAGAAACAGGAGCUAGUAAAGCUGUCAAAAUCCUUUUUGAAGAACCAUGAUCUUCUAGGGAAGCCAACGAAUAUAACAGAGCCGAUAAGUUUUCAGCUUCCUAAGUUGCAAGGAGAGGUUUUGGAUGAACAUUUCCAGAAAUUAGGACAUUUUGCAUCGGAACCGUACCGUAGCAUGUGUGAUAAGAAGUUUAAAAAGAUUCUACCGAAGCCCAAAACAUGGCUUCGCAAGCCUGGGUGGUAUCGGUAUGAACCUGGAAAGGCGCCAGAGAGUGUACCAUAUCCCCAGGAAGACACAUUGGUUUUUGAUGUGGAGGUUUUGUACAAGAUUUCUGACUUUCCAACGUUAGCCGUUGCCCUUUCGGAUAAAGCAUGGUAUCUGUGGUGUUCCCCAUUCAUUUGUGACACAGCAGACAGUGAUAACGUCAAGCACUUGAUACCAAUGAACACUUUGGAAAGACCAAAACUAAUUAUAGGGCAUAAUAUAGGCUAUGAUAGAUCCAAGGUAUUAGAAGAAUACAAUUUUGUGCCGUCAAAGGCUUUUUUCAUCGAUACCAUGUCACUACACGUUGCAUCCUCGGGUAUGUGUUCAAGACAACGUCCUGUUUACGUGAAAAAACAAAAGAGAGACGAAGAAAUUGCAGAACUAAAUGCAGAGAAUUCUUCGCUACCGCCUAUCUCAGAUGUGGAUGAAGAUAGUCCGUGGCUUCACAAAUCUGCCACUAACUCCUUGAAAGAGGUAGCGAGGUUCCAUUGUAACAUUAAAAUGUCCAAAGAGGCACGAGACACAUUUGCCACUCUAGACAAGUACGAAAUUAUAAACAAAUUCCAGGAUAUGGUUGAAUACUGUGUGUCUGAUGUAGAAAUUACAAGCAAAGUGUUCGACAGCGUUUUCCCUAAAUUUAUACAGAAAUGCCCACACCCUGUAUCCUUUGGUGCCCUGAGAUUCUUAUCAAGUUCUAUUCUUCCAACUAGAGUAGAAAAAUGGCAACAAUAUUUGAAAUCGUCAGAAUCUUUGUUCCAAGAUAAUAAGACCAAAAUCGAGGAAAAGAUUAUAGAGAUUGUGGAAGAAGUAGCAGCAUUAAAGGAUAAACCUGAAGUAUUUGAAAACGAUCCAUGGUUAAAACAACUAGAUUGGACCAUAAAGCCUAUAAGAUACAAUAAAAAGGGUGAGCUAGUGAAAAAUCAGAAACUACCUGGACUACCGGAAUGGUACAGGUCGCUUUUCCCCUCUAAAUCAUCUACAAAACCGAAUAUCACGAUAAGAACUAGGCAAGUGCCCUUGUUCUUUAAACUAACGUGGGAAGAUUGCCCAGUAGUCUGGACAGCAUCACAGGGUUGGUGUUUUAGAUGCGAUAAUUCCCGAAUUGCAGAAAUCGAGACUAAAAAUUAUGAUAAGGCUAAAGAGGUGGAUGACUAUCAAGAAGAAAACACCACCCUUUUCAGAAUUCCUCAUCCAAAUGGCCCAGACUUCAAUUGUAGCACUUUAUUAUCUAAGCCAUUUAUUCAUUUCUUUGAGAAAGGAAUUCUAAAAUCCCAAUCUAAGUUAGCCCACGAUGCAUUGCAAAUUAAUGCCGCUGGUGCAUACUGGAUGUCAGCAAGAGAAAGAAUUAUGUCCCAGCAUGUCGUAUCUGCUAAGGAUUUUAAAUCAGAAUUCAAAACGAGUGCCAGUACUUCGGAAAAAGAUGAAGAUAUAGGUAUCAUUCUUCCAAAACUUGUUCCCAUGGGAACUGUAACGAGAAGAUCUGUUGAGAACACAUGGUUGACUGCUUCUAAUGCUAAGAAAAACAGAAUUGGAUCCGAACUAAAAUGUAACGUUGUUGCUCCUCCAGGCUAUGUUUUCGUUGGAGCGGAUGUUGAUAGUGAGGAGUUGUGGAUUGCCUCAUUAGUAGGUGAUUCAAUCUUUGAUGUACAUGGUGGAACGGCUAUUGGUUGGAUGUGUCUCGAAGGUACUAAAUCUUUAGGAACGGAUUUACACUCAAAGACUGCACAAAUUUUAGGAUGCUCUCGUGAUGAAGCCAAGAUUUUUAACUACGGUAGAAUAUACGGAGCUGGUGUGAAAUUUGCUGCUCAAUUGUUAAAGAAAUUCAAUCCAAGUAUAUCUGAACAAGAAGCAAGAAAAACGGCUGAAAAACUAUACGCAAGUACUAAGGGAAAAAAACAACGCUCUUCUAUCUUCAAGACUUUUUGGUAUGGUGGUUCGGAAUCCAUCUUAUUCAAUAAAUUAGAAAGCAUUGCAGAGCAAGACGAGCCAAAGACACCAGUACUUGGUGCCGGCAUAACUUUUUCCUUAAUGAAGAAAUACUUAGGGAAAGACACUUUCUUGCCUUCAAGAAUUAACUGGGUAAUCCAAUCUUCCGGUGUCGAUUAUUUGCAUAUUUUAUGUUGUUCAAUGAACUAUUUAAUUGAGAAAUAUUCUAUUGAUGCUAGACUAAUGAUUUCAAUUCAUGACGAGAUAAGAUACUUGGUUUCCGAGAAGGACAAGUAUAGAUUAGCUUUAGCUUUGCAGAUCUCCAAUCUCUGGACCAGAGCUUAUUUCAGCGAACAGAUGUGUAUUAAUGACCUUCCACAAAAUUGCGCCUUCUUCUCUGCCGUUGAUGUCGACAAAGUGAUGAGGAAGGAAGUAAACAUGGACUGUGUUACUCCAUCCAAUCCGAACCCAAUACCACACGGCGAGUCUCUUGAAAUCCAUGAUAUUUUAAAGAUCACGGGGGGAGAACUAGGUAAAUCGAAUGACGAAAUUGAUGUAUCUAAAUUCCCAUACACUUUCCGUGAAUCAGUAUUCCGGCAGUAUAAUAGGAAGUACUCCAAGGAAUUCUUGAAGUAUUCUUUGCAGAUGCAGGUUCAAAUGAAAAAAUACAGAGUUGAACAAAUUGAAACAGAUUAUAUCAGGUCUUUGGAAGAAUCUAGAUUGAGUAAAUUGAAUGCCGAUGAUGAAGUCAAAUCGGUAGCAGAUUACGUGCAAGGAUUGAAGCUUCAAAACAAUAAGAACAAACCCUCUAUUAUGAGUGAUUCGGUCAUGUAUGGCGGAAAAGACCCAGUAAGCACUUUAGAGGAAGAUAAGAAUAGUGAAAGAGAAACUUCAACACUGAAAAAGAUAAUAUCUUCCAACUCUACUGGAAGUAUUAGGUAUAGGCAGCGCACUGAAAAAACGACUGCUAACUCUCCUCCGCAAAAAAUGGAUAGCGAAAUGAUCUCUACUAUAGUUGCGGAAGCUUUAAUGGAAACACCGCCUGAGGUGAAGAUUAAGUCAGGGAAGGCUAAAACCGCCAAGAAGAAAAAGAUCAACUCCAAGACUGAAAAAAUUUUGAAGGAACGGUCGGUUUCCACCAAGACUCAAAUGGCAUCCUCAAUUUUAACAAACAGAAGUAGCAAAUAUGGGAAUACCAACCGUAGUGUUGGAUGA